GUAGUGGUGGCAAAACUUCAUUCUUACUAGUUAAACACAGUGUCUUCACUUGUUACAUUUCACUAUUUCCUAGUGAGUUUACUCGGUUGCAAAAGAUGUUAAUUGAAAAAUUGAAAACGGAGAUUCUUCCUGCUGCAUUCAACAAGGACGGCAUCAAGUAUAUCGGUUUCAAAUUUGAUACGGAGUCGAUGCCAAAGGAUCAGUUUUGUUCAAAUGCUGUUUUCAUCAUGGUGACUGUGUGUAAGAAUAAUGAAAAAGUUGAAAUGCCUGUAUUAGUGAAGUUCGAGCCAUUCGAUGAAACAGUGAAGAAGACAUUGAACAGUAACGUCAUGUUCUACAAUGAGGUCUUCAUGUAUUCCCGAAUGCUACCUUACCUCAAUAAAGAGAACAUCGCUGAGGAUAGCUUUGCAGGUUUUUAUUAUGGGAACGAUUUAAUUACGGGAUCUGACAACGUUAUUAUCAUGGAAGAUUUGAGGUCUCAGAAUUACCAUCUGUCAGAAAGCACCUUAAAUUUGGACUUUGAUCACUUAUCUCUUGCACUCACCAAGCUAGGGAGAUUUCAUGCUUUGUCGUACGCUGCAAAAGAAAGGUCACUCGAGGAAUUUACGAUGAUGGCUACAAAUUUCAAGGAGCCUCUUCAUAAGGAUAAUGGACUGUUUCAUUUUGUGUCAAAAGCUUGUGUACAUAGAGCUGUUCAGCCACUUUUGGAAAAAGGUAAACACAUCGAGGUGCUAGAGAGGUUUUUGAAGCGCAUCGACAACAAUUUCCUUGACAUUUUUCAAAAUCUGACCUCUGCCGAUGAUCCUCUUGCAGUCAUCUGUCAUGGAGACUUCUGUAGGAACAACAUGCUCUUUCAAUAUACUGAUGGUAAGCCUUCAGAUGUUAAAUUCUUCGACAUGGCCACAUCCCGUUGUUCAUCUGUAGCGAUUGACAUCUCACUAUUGCUUUUCCUCAACUGCUCCAAAGAGGUCAGGCAUGCUCAUUGGGAUGACCUGCUGCAAUCUUACCACACCUCACUCUCAAGCGCUGUACCCGGGAUAACAGUGCCUUCGCUGGAAGAGAUCAAAGAAGCCAUGAGACAAAAAGCUAUAUGGGGGUUUAUGCACUGCUCUUUCUUCCUGCCAGUGAUGAAAUAUGAUAUUCAUAUAGAUGAGAACGGUUUGAAGACGUGGAGCAAAGAGGAGAUUGUAAACUUCCAUCUUGCAAUCGGAGGAGAGGAAGGUACAGAACUUAUCUCUGAUCUCACAGAAGAAUUGGUGGAUAGACAAUUCAUAACUCUUGGACACUCAUGGAUGUAAGAACAUCAUUAAUUACUAUAGCUAAAGUUUUUAGCUAAUACAUACUCUUGAAAUCUUAUUCUCAUUUUUAAAACUGAAUAAAUCACAAUUAUUUGAAUAGAUUAAACCUAUAUUUCCUCUUUAAUAACAUUUGUUUUAUUCAUGAGCAAUAAUGGCACUUUUAAUUCAUUUCUCAAAGAGUAGAAACUCAUUAUGUGGAUUUUACAGAAAAGAAAUUUAAUGUGAGUAUAAGUGAUUGCAGAUAUUCUCAUCUGAGACCAAGGGCCAACUUGGAUUGCAUAAGUACACAAUUUGGUUUUUCCUAGAAUUGAUAGAGAAUUUUUCCUAGGAAAUAAAUAGAUUAUCAGCCACGCUAGUUUUGGUGGAGAUCAAAAUAGAAGCGUAUAAAAAAUAUACUGUAAUAUAUUUCUUCGAUCAUAUUUCUUUAGCUUGACACCCAUAAAACCAACCAACACACACAUAAAUAAUUAUUAUACAACCGUUAAACAACUAGAUAAAGAGACAAAGUCAUCACUUUUAACCAAUAUAGUCGCCUGAAACUGAUUUAGCAUUAUUUAUGUGUUAUCUGGUUGGUUUUAUGUGUGUCAGGCUAAGAAAAAUGUGAUCUGAGAAAAACAUUUUUGUUUCUUAUUUUUAACCCUUUUGAUAUCCAUAGUGGGCAAUGCGAUGAUUGAUGUCUUUGUUAGGGUAAAUUUCUCUAUCAAUUCAAAUACAUUUGUUGCUUAUACGUAGAAAAUUGGCUUUCAGCAUUUGAACUAUUAAAAAAUAAAAGCUAUUCAAGUCGCACAUUGGACCUUUAUUACAUAUUACAAGGGAUAAAAUGUUUACAUGAUAGGCUCUCAUGGCAUGGAAUUCGUAACCAAAUACUCAGAAGCUACAAGUUUCAUUUUUGGUGUAAUGUGAGAAAGUAUAAAGCAUUUGUAAGAGGGGGUAGAGCUUAAACUGAGUAAGAGGUCCAAAAAUGAUUCUAAACCUAUUUUAAUGCCAAAAUUACUUGAUUCAUCCUAACAAGUUUCAAAAUGAUAAACCCCCUUUUGCAUUUUUUUGUCUUAACUAUUAAAAAGAAAACCAUGACCAUAAUAAUAGCUUUUAGCUUUUAAGAGUUAAAAAAACUAUUUAAACUACAUAAAUUGUAAUGUGUACAAAUCUGUACUCACGAUGGGGAAGAGUGUGUUGUAAAUUACGGUUUUUGCUAGUUUCAGGGUUAACAAUUAUUUAUGGAGCCUAUAACAAUGGACUGGAGGACCAUUAGGCCUAAUAAUAAAUCUUAUCAGAGGUCAGAGAUCUUCAAAAGUAAAAAUUUUUAAUAUAUUUUUACAACUUUUGACAAGAGCAAUGAAUAUUGGCAAUAUUCUGAAGGCAGCAAGGAACAUAUUAUUAAAUGAAAAAUUAGUUAAUCUGAAAUGAGAAACUAACCAUACUUGGUUAUGUGCAAUUUACUUAUAAUUCAGAUGAAGUGUUAUUUGAAAGAUUAUGCUUAAUUUAAAAUUAAAAGUUAAAUUAAUAAAUUUUUGAUUGUUAGGGAAACAUAUUUUCAAAAUAGAUAUUAUUAUUACUUUUUCUACUUUUUCAUUAGAAAUCAGUUUUAUACACACAACACCAGAAAUAAAACAGCUUGACAUUCCUCAACAUCGACUGACCAAAUUUGGAACAUCCCAUAUGGUAAAUAAUUGUGUAAGAUUUUUUUAACAAGCUUCCAGAAAUUGCUCAUGUUUACUCCCAUAACUAAUUUUAAAAGAAAAUUUUAUUUGUGACUUUAAAUAAUCCAUUUCAUUCAAUUGAUGAGUUUUUAAAUAUGGAUGUCAAUAUUCAGUUUUAAAUCAUUGGAUUUUAAUUUUAAAAUAUAAGUUUAUUUAACAACUGUAAGGUAAACGUUUUUGAGUCUCUUAAAUCUGUUUUGUGGUUUUCAAUAAUGGUUUGUUUCUAUAUUAGUAUGUUUUAUACUAAGAGUGUAUUGACAAUGCCUAUUUCAUUGUGUAUAUAUAUGUGAUCAAUGGCAAUAAAUAUCUUAUGUCUUAUACUAGACAUUAAGUGGGUGAGUUGCUAUUUUGGUGAAUUCUAUAAAUGUGACCUCUGUUUAUUUAAAACAAUUUGAAUUAGAAAGUGCUAACUGCGUAAAAAUGGUUGUACUAGUUUGGACAGGUACAAUAGUGGUAACAAAACAUUAGAUUCUACUACCCUUCAAUAACCUAGCAAAAUGUGUGGACCAAAAAAGAACUUACUGUUUCGUAGACUAGUAGCACUUGCUUAUAUGACACUGAAUAACAAUUGCUUUCAAUCAUUAUUUUCGCUUUUACUACAUAGAAAUCUGCACUGAAAGGGUUUUCUAACUAUCACAACUUUUACAUAGGGGAUAUUUAAUGAACAAAGUAACCUCUAAUAUUUGGUAACAGGAAGUACUGUAACUAUUUGAGUAUUGUCUUCCUGUUUUUCAUGAUUCAACAAUUCAUGCAGAAGUCAUUGAAUAAACAAUGUGUCUGAGGAAUAUAACCUUAUAUCAUCAGUGCUUGUUUGUUUGUCAAUAGACUGACUUGAUUGUUUUCCAGCCUGCUCAACUCCUUGUUAUCUGUCUGGAGACUUUGUAACUGCCUUAUCUAUAACAGCAAAACUUAUCUGCUUUCUACCUGAACUGGACACCAUUAAUAUUUAUUUUGUGUCUUCAAGUUUAUUUACAUCCAUUGUCAAUUAGAAAAUAUACAGCAAGUAUAAGCAUACUGAA